AAGUCUUGUCUCCUCAAUUACCAAGCACUAUGGCCAUGAUUAAGUAGCGCUACUAUAGCAUCAUCUCCAACACAAAAUCUUGCAUGUAUAUAUAUUUCAAACUCAUAUAUCAAACUCUUCUUUGUACGUCAACAUAUACUCCUAGUGUAUAGCUUAUUUUCUUUCUCUCUUACCAACAAAACUUUCACACAUAAACACUUACAUUGAAAACAAAAGAAAUGUCCAAAACAAAAACACUCAUCUCCCUCAUAAUCUUCUCAACUUUCAUUCUCCAUUCUUUUUCCAUCUCCACAGACACAUUCCUCUACGGAGGGUGCACACAACAAACAUACACCCAAAACUCACCCUACGAAUCCAACCUCAACUCACUCCUCACUUCCCUAGUCAACUCAGCAACUUACACAUCCUACAACAACUUCACAAUCAUCGCCUCAAAUCCCACCGACAUCGUUUACGGCCUCUACCAAUGUCGUGGCGACAUCUCCAUGCCAGACUGCUCCUCCUGCGUUGCACACGCCGUCUCACGUGCCAGAGACAUUUGUCCAGGUGCGUGCGGCGGGGUAGUGCAACUAGAAGGAUGCUAUGUGAAAUAUGAUAAUGUUAAGUUUUUGGGUGUGGAGGAUAAAACAAUUGUGUUGAAGAAAUGUGGACCCUAUGUUGGGUAUGAUACGGGUACCCGAGAUGCGGUUUUGUCCGGGUUAAUGGGUUCGGGUGGUGGGUAUUUUCGGGUUGGUGGGUCGGGUCAGUUGAAGGGAAUGGCGCAGUGUAUUGGUGAUUUGAGUUUUGUGGAGUGUGAGGAUUGUGUUUCGGAGGCCAUCCGACGGUUGAGAAGUGACUGCCCAGCCGCGGAUUUUGGUGAUAUGUUUUUGGGGAAGUGUUAUGCGAGGUACUCUACUGGUGGUGGUGGUGGGGCCCAUUCUUACUCCAAGGCCCAUGGUAAAUCGGACAACAAUGGUGAGAAGACAUUUGCCAUAAUUAUUGGAUUAUUAGCAGGUGUAGCUAUACUUAUUAUUUUCCUAGCUUUCUUAAGAAGGAUUUGUGAGGGACAAGGUAAAUAAAUUGGGCCACUGAUCAAUCUCACUCUUCUGCAUUUCCAUUGCAAAUUUGCUUAUGGAGAAUCUCUUCUGCUUUAAUUCCUUUUUAUCUUCUCAAUGUCUUUAUCUUUAAUUUCUAGCCUUUUUUCUUUAUCUUGCUAUUUUAUUAUUAUAAAAUUAUUACCUUCAAAAGACUAAAGUAAAGAGGUCUUUGAUAUAAGGAUGACAUUAGAAAAGGAAGCAUAAUGGGACCCCCAUUUUAAUACAAAAAGAACAAAAGAGAGCCAAAUAUUUUAUUUACCUCAAUUAUCCUUCCCUACUCAACAAAGUUAUAUUGUAACUUUUCUCAUUUCCUCCCUUUGCAAAUUAAGAAAUAAUAUUGUAUCA